AUGAAGGUCCAUGUGCGAAAAUGGCACCCGGUGGCCUACUGGCACUGGGACGUGCGCGAUCCAGACGAUGUGUGUGGUAUCUGCCAGAACUACUUUGACGGCGUGUGCGGCGCAUGCCGCGAUCCGGGCGAUGCGUGCCCGCUCGCUUUUGGCGAAUGCAGCCACGAGUUUCAUCUACACUGCAUCAUGAAGUGGCUCUCUGAGAAGCGCGAGCCGCUGUGCCCAAUGUGCAAGCGCCCGUGGGUGGAGGCCACGCCGGAACACUUUCAGGACGCGCCGCGCGCGCCGCGUGCAUCGGGCGCGCCAGGCACGCCUGCGGCGCCCAACGGAUACCAUACGUGA